AUGUCACAAUUGGAUCAGACUGCUUGGGUCAGUGGUUGGUCUGAAACAUUUGUGUUGUUAGUCAAGAAGAAUUAUAAAGAGUCUCAGAUUUCAGAUGACAGUAAGAUUAAAUCAGUAUAUGAACAGCUUCUUAAAUCAGAUUCUGAUUCUAAUUCACAGAUCUCUAGUCUCUCAACCAUAACUGUCAGUGUGACUGCCAUCAUUGUCAGAUCAGUGACAAUCAGUAUGGACAGUCUCUUUGUAGAAGAUGAUUCAGUCAGAGAUGCUCAAUUAUCAUCUGAGCUGGAAAUGAAGUCUGUCAGUGACACUAAAAGUAGCUGA